AUGAAUAAUCACCCGUCAAAUAAAAAGGGUAUAUCAUCAAUAUUUAAUACUAAUAACAACAAUCAUAACAAUAGCACAACAUCAACAACUGCAACCCCACAUAAACCAAACAAUUCUCAAAUCAAUUCUUCAAAUGAUUCAAUAAAUAUUCCAUAUCACAAAAGACAACAGUCUUUUAACUCAUCAUUUUAUCCAAACCCACAACCAUUUACAAUGAAGACAACUAAUAAUCAUCAUCAUCAUCAACAACAAAAUCCUCCAAUGAACCAACUCGAUUAUUUUACAAACAAUUACUUUUCACGAUCAUUCAACAGUUUAAUAUUAGAGGAUUCGAAUACAGAAUUAAAUAAAGCUCAUCAUAAUCAACAUAAGUUAAAAAAGAAACUAAAUAAAUCUCCACCUUUCAACGUUAAACAAGAUUUAUUCAACGAUACUAUCGAUACCUAUUUAGAUGAUGAAAUAAAUGAAGAUAACCAUUUCGAUGACACAAUCGAUGAUACAAUCGAUGAUGAACCAGAAGAAGAACAAAAGAAUGAAAAAUUGCGACAACAGCAACAGCAUGGUACUCCAAAUAUAAUAAACAACAAGAUAGUGAAAAAUAAUAGCUUUUUCAAAAAAUCAUAUAAUGAUGAAGAUCAAUCAAAUUCUACAUUGAAACUAUGCAGCACUAUAAAUAACAAUUCACAAAGUUCAAUUAAAAGAUCAUCAAAAUAUUUAAAUUUAUCAAUUGAUUCAAAUUUAAGAUCAGUUGAUUCAAAAUUACCACCCGAUGAAAUUGAUAAAAUGAAUUUAAAUGAAAUUGAUAUUAAAGUAAAUCCAAAUGAUUUCAUUUCCCAAUCAUCAUCACCUUGCUCACCAAACAUUAAACAACCAACUAAAAAUAAUUUAACAAAUCAAUUCAAACGACCUCAUAAAUUAAUAAGUCAAUCACCAUCACCAUCUUCAAAUAAAGUAUCGUCAUCUCCACAAUCCAAUUUAUAUUCUCCAUCAAAAUUAGGUAUAAAAGGUUUUAAAAUGUUUAAAAAUUCAAAUAAAGAUGCUAUAAUAUCUCCAAAUAGAUCUAUAAUACGUUCAAGUAUGACUCCUGAAAAGCCAAAAUUAAAAUCAACUAUAUUUGGUCAAGCUAAUAAAUUACGUAAAACAUUUACUCCAAAUACUAAAACUACAUCAACUCCAAUACCCAAAAAAUCUAAAUUUAUAGAGGAAAGUUUAGAGUUUGAUUCGCCAAGUAAAAAUAGAAAAUCAUCAAAUCCAACGACAAAUUCAAAUUCAAUAAUAAUAUAUCAAGAUGAACAACUACAACAAAGUCAAAAGAAAAUACAACCACAUUCACUACCGAGUUCUUGCCAAUUUGAUGACAAAGAGAAUAAAACAAGCUACCAAUUUGUUAAACCUUUACAAACUGCAUUUAAUUCAAAUGGUUUAGUUAAGAAGAAUUCAAUUACACAUCAAUUAGAAAGAAGUUUACCUCCUGAAACUCCAAUUAAAAGAAAUCCAUUAAUGAUGUUGAAUCAAAAUAAGAAUUUAAAAUCUUAUGAUGGUGAAUUUGAUAAUUCAAUUGAAAUAGGUAGAAAUUUAUCAUAUGAUGGAACUCAUAAUUCAUCAACAAUGAACAAUAGUAGUUAUUUUAAACCAUCUUCAUCUGUGAAAAUUAACAAGAAUCACCAACCACAUGAAUUAUUACUACAAUCAUCAGAUAUCGAAAUUGAUAAUGAUGACAAUAAUAUAAUACUUGAAACACCAACUAAAAAGCAUCAUCAAUUAUUUCAUGCUAAUAAGAAAAUGAAUAAUCAUAAAAAUCAGUUAAAAGUUAAUAUUCAGAAUCAACCUAUACUACUAGAUGAUGAUGAAGAACCUUCAACACCAAUGAAUUUAUUAUUUGAUAAAAUGAAUGAACCAAAUCCACAAUUUUUAACCUUACCUAGUCUUGAUGAAACGUCAGAUAUUCCAUUAAGUUCAACAACUUCAUUAUAUCCAAGCAAAAUUGAUGAACAUUUAGUAAAUAAAUUUGGAAUGCAAAAUAUAAAAUAUAUUGGUAAAGGUGAAUUUUCAAUUGCUUAUGAAUGUAUUUUUAAUAAUGAAAAAUUUGCCAUCAAAAGACUGAAAAAGCCACUUAUUGGUAGAUUAGAGAAAAAGGCAAUCUAUAGAGAAAUUGAAGCAUUAAGAAUAUUAACAUCAAUAAAAGAAAAUGAUUGUGAAAAUUUAAAAGAACAAGAAGAAGGUAAAGAAUAUUUAGUUUAUUUUAUUGAAGCAUGGGAUUUUAAUAAUUAUUUUUAUAUAAUGACUGAAUUUUGUGAAGGUGGAACGUUAUUUGAAUUUCUUGAAGCUAAUAAACAUUAUAGAUUAGAUGAAUUUAGAAUUUGGAAAAUUUUAAUUGAAUUAUUAACUGGUUUAAAUUUUAUUCAUCAUAAAAAUUAUUUACAUUUAGAUUUAAAGCCAGCUAAUAUUUUUAUUACAUUUGAAGGUCAAUUAAAAAUUGGAGAUUUUGGAUUAGCUACUAAAUUACCAAUACUUGAAUCUGAUUUUGAUUUAGAAGGUGAUAUAAAUUACAUUGCACCCGAAUUGAUAAAUGAUAAAAUUUAUACUCCAUUUGCUGAUAUUUUCAGUCUUGGUUUAAUAAUUUUAGAAAUUGCUGCUAAUAUAAUAUUACCAGAUAAUGGAACUCCAUGGAGAAAAUUAAGAAGUGGAGAUUUGAGUGAUGCUGGUCAAUUAUCAAGUGAUAAUAUAUCAAUGUUUUUACAACAUAAACUACCACCACAAACAACAACUACAAUAACAACUACAACUUCAUCAUCAAAUGGUGGUGGUAAUCAAAAUAAUGUGUUAUCUAGUUCUUCAAAUAUGACUCAAUUUUCAAGUUCAACCACUGGUAAUUCAUUAAAUUUAUUAAAUCCACCAACUACAACAAUAACAAAUACAACAAUAAAUAAAGAUAAUAAUAAAUUGAUAAAUAAUUUAAUUCCAAGUUGGGCUCCUGAUUUUUUAAUUAAUGGUGAUUCAAUGGUUUUAGAUAAAAUUGUUAAUAAAAUGUUAAGACCAAAUCCAUUUGAUAGACCAAAUGCAAAAACAAUAUUGGAAAUGAAAGAAUGUAUAAUGAUUGAAAAUAGAAGAAAAUGUGGUGCUACUAUAUUUGAAGGUGAAUUUGGUAGUCCACCAGAUGAUUUUGAAAAUGUUUAA